CCGUGUCGAUACUAGUCGGAGCGUGAAUGAAAACAGAAGUCGAGCGAAACUAAGAAACUUUUUCAGAUAAGGAUUGUUUAAGGCUGACCAUGGGCGUGUUAGGUGUGGCCGUAUAGGAUGCGGCCUCUAGCAAGAUGUCUCGUGUAGGGGGAGGGGCGAGGACCAAGCCCAGGACCUCGCAGGACGUGUGUGCAGACUGUGGGGCGCCAGAUCCGGGCUGGGCAUCAAUAAACCGAGGUAUACUAAUCUGUGAUGAGUGCUGCAGUGUACACAGGUCUCUUGGAAGACACAUAUCUCAAGUCAAGUCACUCAAGAAAGGAACAUGGAAUCCAACACAAUAUGCUAUGGUCCACACCUUAUACAGCAGCGGUGCCAACAAUAUAUGGGAGCACACACUGCUCGAUCCCAGUGUUGCCAAGACGGGAAGACGCAAACCACAUCCCAAGGACCCAGUUCACCCAACCAAAGCUGACUUCAUCAGGGCAAAACAUCAGAUGUUAUCAUUUGUAUACAGACCUUCAAGGGAUGAUCCAAGCGGUAAUGAUGGGGAUGUUAGUCGGCAGUUACAUUCCAGUGUUCGAACUGCUAACUUAGAAACCUCACUGCGGUUGUUAUCUCAAGGAGCUGAUCCAAAUUAUUAUCACAAGGAAAAAAGUUGUUGUCCUUUGCACGUUGCUGCUCGGGCUGGACAAGCAUCCCAGGUGGAAUUGUUAAUAGUAUAUGGAGCUGACCCAGGAGCAUUGGAUUCCCAGGGCAACACACCUGCACACUAUGCUAGGGAAUCUAACCAUGUGGAUUUGGCUGAACACUUGAUAGAGUGUCAGUAUGAGCUGACAGACAGAUUGGCUUUCUACCUCUGUGGCCGAAAACCUGACCAUGGCGUUGAUCAGCACUGGAUCAUACCAGAAAUGGCUGACUCCCUGGACAUGUCAGAUUUGGCCAAGGAAGCAAGAAUCAAACUCCAGGGUUUACCAAAUCACUUGUUUGAAGAGUUGGCUUGUGAUGUCUAUGAUGAGGUGGAUCGACGUGAGACAGAUUCCAUUUGGUUGUCACUACAGAACCAGAGUGCUCUUGUGAGUGACCGCUGCACAGUACCUUUUCUUCCAGUCAACCCAGAGUACUCUUCAACCAGAAACCAAGGUCGACAAAAAUUAGCUAGAUUUAAUGCAAGAGAGUUUGCCACUUUAAUUAUUGAUGUUUUGUCUGAUGCUAAGAGACGUCAGUCAGGGAUCUCGUCUCCUUGUGCAACUCCCAAAGAUAAAGCAGUAACCACAGCUGUCCAGAGGGCUGACAGGGCACGGGACCCCUUCCUCGCCUGUCCCUCUCCUACACACCUGUUCACCAAUCCUGAGGAUCACUCCCUGCCUUCUGCUUUGUCUCUUUCCUCUGAUACCUUAGCAUCUGACUUGGGUGACGUGACGUUGACACUGCCUAACUCUCCCAAAGUAAACCUCCACAACAACAACAACAUGAGCUUAAAUGCAAGAUUAAUAACUCCCCCAACAUCAGUGACUGCAUCUGUUAACUAUUCCCCUGUGUUAGUAAACAAGGACCCACAACAUUUAAGACAAGUAAUAAAUUCCGUAACUUCUAUUUCGUCUAGUGCAAGCCUCAUCAAUCCUUCUGCUACAGACUCCUCAGGCACAUCCUCUAGCACAGGGCUAUCCACUAAUGCUGUCACAGAUACUUCCUCUUGCACAUCAAGCACGGGUCUCAUCACCUCUGCUAUCACAGACAUCCCAUCAGGCCCAUCUUCACUUACCUUCAAUAAUACCAUAACUGCCAACAACAACAACAAAGGUGAAAUGACAGAUGACGGGGAACCCCUGUACGACUCUGUGGCAUCUGAAGAUGACUACUCGUGUUUGGAACAAAACCAGAAGCUGGAACAACAAAAACAGAUUUUGGAAGAACAGAGACGACAGCAUCAACUAGACGAGCUUUACAGUGGACCAAACAGUGAGGUGGGGUCAGGGAUGGAGUCAGCAGUGAGCCUAGAAGCUUAUUUGGAGAUGAAGGAGAAACUAGAGUCCAGUGAAGCUCGGAUACAGGAGUUACAGAACAACAAUGCCCACAUGCGCUCCCAGCUUGAUGAACUUAGCUCCACUGUGCGUAAACUGAUUCGUGAGAGAUCGUACCUCCAGUCAGCGUCACCUCAGCGCAAAGUGAAAAGCUUGCGAGACGAGAACAUGAGUCUGCGGUCUAUGUACAGCAGUGGAGGGGUAGGUGGAAACUUGGGCCCGUCUUCUCUUUCAUCCACACCACCACUACCAUUUUACCCGUCUGCUAUGACACAGAGUCUCCACAAUGGAGAUGUGGAACCGCAGGUUAAUAUGCGAUCAAGUCGGGGACCUCCACAACGGCCCUUCAGUAUGUUUGAGCCUCGCCAGGGACCACCCGGUAUUGCCCCACAGUGUCAUCCCAUGGAUCAAGCAAGAACCACAUCAUAUCAGCUUGGCUCAGUGCGAAUGUCUGGUGAAUAUGACAACACAAGAACCAGGAGUCCAAGCCUUGAGCCGUCAGAAACAACUCCCCUCAAUCCUUCUUACGGCCUUCCCACUCAGGAAGAGGUUGUUAGAAAGACAGAGGUGAUCACAAAGAGAAUCCAGGAGCUCCUUAUAUCAGCACAAGAGGGACGGCAGGAGGCCUUCAUGCCAUGUGCUGACCAGAUCCAUUCUGCAGUGCUAGAUAUGGAUGCCAUCUUUCCUAAGGCUCGGUGCUCUCCUGGGGUGCAGGGAGCACUGCGCCAGCUGGUGAGUAGUGCCGGCAGACUGCAGAGCGAGUGCUGCGGACAUCUGGUGUCCCAUGCCCACACCCUUGAUCCAAAGUUUGUCACCCAGCAGGUUAUACAAUGUGCUUAUGACAUAGCCAAAGGUGCAAAGGUGUUAGUAACACACUUCCAGUGAAAGCUUAGUGAAGGUAAUAUGAACAUAUUACUUUGGUUCUUCUGUCUCUAAUCAUGAGAAAUAGUGUACUUCCAGUUGAAUAAUGUGAAAUGUUUGCAAUGGCACGGGUCACGUUCCUCUUCCUGUUCCGCUGCAGUCACGUUUAGUCUUCAUCCUGCCGCACACAAGACUGUUGUAGUUCAAAUAGGGAAAACCAAAGUCUUUACGGCAUUCUGUGGAGAGCCUGGCGACUGUGUUUGUGUGACUGAAAGUAGAAGGAAAGUCUUAUCAAGAUAUUUUCCUGAUUGUUUAUUAUUGCUCCUGUUGUGAUUCAUCAUUAGUAUAGUGAAAUAUUAUGUUUGCUCUUUAUGCAGCUUAAUAUAUAAGUAUCCCAGUCAGGAAAACAAAACAGAAACCUUUGUGUUCCUGUGAGUUAUAGCUCAGAACAACAACUUAGAACCAAAGUGUUUUCAUUUGGUGAAUUAUCAAACAGAAGGAAGUUUUAGUGUGUAUAUAGUGAGAUGGACUGAACUCUGGUUACUGUAUAUCUAUUUUGAAAGUGUUAGAAGAACCAUUAAAGAAUUUUACGCAUUUAGUAGAACAUUCUUCAGAUUAGAUUAUUCUAGUGUUGCAUUUUUAAUCUGAGGGAAGAAAAGCAUGAAGAUUUAGAAGAAUUCAGAUGUGAGGAAUCUCCAUCACUAUGCUUAGAUGUGGCAGCAAGGGGAUAAUAUACCAUGGCAGCGAGAGUUUUAAUGUCCCUUAUAGGGAUUUGGCAUGAACACUGUACUGUAUUAACAAAAAUUAUCCGUUUCAGUGUGACUUUACAUUUGCCUCGGGUUAUUUCACGAGUUAGGGACCGAGAACAUACCGUAAAAAAAAAAUACAGUAUGUAAAAAGACGCAAUUCAAAACAAAACUUGGGGAGCAGAGCCAAGAAAAUUCACCAAGCACUUAAAUGAUUUAUUUAGUGCUUACUAAACACUGGUAAUAAUUAUACAGUACAGCAUCCUGAUACACCAUGGAAAAAAUAAAAAAACUGUACAAAAAAAAAAAAAAAAUUACAUACUACCGGUAUUAAAGAAUAUAUCUCAGCCUGUUGCCGCAGACUGACCGGGUGUCCCACAGAUUGGGCUUAGGAAAAUUUCACCAAGUAUUGCUUACCAGUAAAAGGUUUUAUUUUCUAAACACAAGCAAGAAAUGAACAGCAUUCUGGUACACCAAUGGGGAAAAUAAUGAAAAUGGUAAAAAAUUAUGAGAAAUGAUUAAUUAUUGUAUCGUCAUUAUCUGUUACUAUCAAUAAUUCAUAGUUCUGUUGUAGGCAGCCAGGGGUGUCUUCACUCUGCUUGCCUAGAGAAACAUGAGGUUUGGUGCCACUUGUAGUCUCUGUCUGGAACAUUGAUGUUGUGUAUCUUAAAAGUAACUGCAAAUAUUUAUUACUGGAAUGUUAAUUUAAAGAUGAUUAAAACCAUUUAUGUUAUUGUACACAGUAAUGUUUUUUAUACUGGUAGUGAGAUAUGUUCUUAUAUGAUGGAUCAUUGGUGUUUUGUUUUACAAUGGUAAGUGCAAUAUGAAUAUUUGUUACUGGUAAUUACCAUACACUGUACACUACUGGUAUUUGCAGGAAUAAUAAUUAUUUUGUUGUUUGUUUCCAAUAUACGUACAGUAAUAUGAGUAAAUAUAAUGUCAGUCUUCAGGUUAUGAAUCACGCCACAAGUGACUCACUUCAUGGUCAACACCAUCCAAAUUUUAACUUCCUCUAAAGUUUUAAAAAUCUUUCUCUUCUAUUUUGCACUUGAACUGGAAGAAGAAGCAGCUGCUGAGUGUUUAGACAUCUUGGUAGAUGGCUUAUGUGGUAAACAAGAGGGGAAUGUGGAAGUAAGAAUAAUUGUCCUUGUGUGAGUGAGCACUGGCUUAGUGAUGCUGUGACUGCAGCUGGGGAAGUGUGAGAGCACGGUAAUAUUAUUGCCGUGACGGUUGAUUUGAAAUGCUUCCAAUGUGGCUUUUCUUACAAAACAAAAAAUUUCCUGCAAUAUUUAGGAAAAUGGCAGUAAUUUUGGAUGAGUGAAAUAAAAACGUUUAGUGAAGAAUUGUGAAAUAACCCGAGGUUAUUGUAUUAACCUUAGUCUUUUUAGGACCUGAAGUGUUUUCACAGGCAGAAAGUGUACGGUAUAUGGCAGUGAAGAAUGUGGUGCUCAAGUGGAGAGCAGUAAAUAAUUAGCAAAACAGAAUGCUUAUCUGCAGUAGACUGUUAUUUCACUUAGACUGUGGCUUAAGGUGGUGCCUUUAUUGUGGAAAUCUAAGUUUUCUUUUGGGACACAGAUUUAAAAGUUGAUCUGAAACUGUUAUUAUCAUGUGCAAUUUUUUUCUUUUUACAAAAUUUUUGAAAAAUAAGUGUAUCAGAUUUUAGAGAAUUAAAUACUCUUUCAGUGGAGAAUGAAUUGCUUAUGUCAAUAGUUAGUGUUAAUUUACUGUAUGUUGCUUGAAAACACAAGUUGUUUUGCCCUUGGGUAAUCUACAUAUUAAUUAAGAAGUUUGAGUUCAUGAAAACAUUUCAAUAUUUACAUACCAUGGCAGAGGAAAUGGCAUUAUGGACAAAUUAGAAAAUGUUGGAAGGCCCUGAUAUGGUACAGAUGCAGCUAUCAUCAAGGAAUGGUGUGAGAUUAUUAUUUAUCUAUUUUUUCCAAUGGGUAUAUCAACUAGUGAGUGACUAAUAAGAUUUCCCAAUUAGAACAUCUUGGCUAAGUCUACCUGGUCCAGGAGGCUAUCUGCAGUGUAAGAGGCAAGAAUAUUGUUAUGUCAGAUCACCGUAAAUUGUUUAUUCAAUUCCUAAUUCGUUGAACUGGAGUUAAGAGGUGGAGUUUCAACUCUAAUUUGGUGGUCGCUUGAUAAUCCAAUAAACAAUUCUACACUGAGGUGUACCCUGGGUCUAUUUGUAGCCUCUUAGUCUUAGCUUGCUAUAACCUCAGUCCACACAUCUUCUCUGCCUGUGUUAACAUAGGGAGUCUGCAACUCUCCUUAUGAAGAUUCCAAGAUAAUUUUUUCACUUUGUUAUUUCUGAUGUUGGUUGUAAAAUCUUUUGCCACACACUCCUUACAAACAUUAUUUAUGGGGUGAUUGGUAUUGUGUGUACAAUAUACCAUCUUCUUUUUCUACCGUGCAAGUGUUCAUGUUUAAUGUGCAUGUAUUCGUAGCUAAACUCCAAUGAUGUGUUAUUUGUACAGCUCGGCCUUUUAAUUUUAUUUAAGCUUUUAUUUGUCUAGGGGCUCUGCUAUUCUCCCAUUCAAGUAUGCAUUAUCUUUACCAAGAUAAUAUUAGCUAUGUUUUAAUAUUUUAGAUGGACUUUCUCUACCAUUGUCACUUGGGUCAUUGAGUAGAAAUAAAACAAAACAAAGUCUCAUUUUUUGGCUGACAGGAAGAGACAAGUUACGCAAAAUCCCAUCCUCCUCCCUGAUACUGUAGGUUCCUUAUUGGCUGGAAUAUGUGAGAAUUGAAGAAAGUCACCCAAGUUUCUGACUCAGGGUUUGAGUUAAGUGAACCAGCUCCAGGGUUAGGCCUAGUGUAUCUGAUGGCUUUUUGGAAAUUUAAAGCAAACUACCAUAUAUAGGUUGAGAUUCCAUCUUGCUAACCCCAGUUCACCUAGAUAAGUAGCUGUUUAUACAGCAAAUUUAUAGUAAUUAGACAGGACAAUGUUCUUGCUCAUAGAAUGUAGAUAGAAUAUAAAUAUUCCAUGGAGAACACAGCUCUGCCAGAAGGUGUUCUAGUGGGAGACUCUUGCAGGUCACUUGUCUCCUUCCUUCAGCUAUGAAAUGAAAUGUGAUAAAUGAUCAAGUUCUUUGAUAAAGAUGUUAUAUUUUAAGAGCUGAACUUAUAAAACUCAACUGAAAGGUAGCUGAAGGCAGCAAAAUAUUUAUGAAAUUAUUUAUUAAGCAGGCAGCAAAGUAACAAAGUUCAGAGAUUGGCACUUUACUGUCUGGAACCCAGAAAGCACUUAAGAAUAUGAUUACCUAACAUAUAAUUAGGCAAUUGCCUCAAGUAAAAUGAAUAUAAUUUGUAGUGAUAUCUGAACAUCUCUGAAUAUUGGUAUAAUAUUAUGUCAUCUGUGUACUGUAACUACUAGUUCACCAUUGUAAACAUACAUUGGUGCUUAUAACUGUUAUUGGUGUAUGCAUAGCUAUUUUUAUCUUUAGAAUUAUUCAGUAAACUUAAGAAGCAUGAGGGGAAAUAAUACAAACAUUUAUUCUUGGGUAUCAGAAAAUAUAUGAUCAGAUAGAGUGAUUGUGAUAGUGAUAACAGAAUAAUGUUGUGUACGAUAUACAAGUGUCAUCGCCUCCAUGAUGUGAAGGCUCUCCAUGUUGUGGAAAGUCACUACAGAAUUUAUUAAGCACUGUGGUAGUGGCAACAGAAUAUGGUUGAUAUAUACAAAAAGUUAUUGUAAAUGUGACUUUUGCUCAAUAAAAGUUUUAUGAAAUGUGCAGGGCAAUAAAGUUUUGCACUGUUACUUGGAUUUAAAAUAUUAUAGAAUAAAUGAAAAUAUGGUACUGUCUACUGUUCUGUACCACAGUUUUUGUUUAACCAUUGCCACAAAAGUCUGUUUUUAUUAUUAUUGUUAUUAAAUAACGUUUAAAGAAUUAUUGAUAUUGUGAAUGCUGACUGAGUUAUUGGGGAAAUAGAGGUUGAAAAUUUUUAGAGAAAAAUUUAUAUGCAUUUGUUUGUUAUUGUUAACAUUAGCAGAGUAUUGCAGUAAAACCUUUAUUAUCAAUCAAAUUAUUUAUGGUGUUUCACAAAUUAAGCGUCUGCAAAUAGUGUAAUACAGUACUUUUCCCUAAAAUGUCCUGCUUCUCAUUAUAUUACAGUACCUACUUAAAAAUACACUUGAUUAAUAUAUUACCACAAAAACUCUCAUCAGUACCAGUGAUGAGAAUAAGGAAACACCCCCAAAUUUGCUCUUUUGGAUAUUGCCUGUACUGUACUGCACCCAGUUUUUUAAUAAUGUACAUGCACAUUGUUUACACCGUAGCGUGUCAUGCUAGGUAUUAAUUCUGCACAAUAAACUGAAGAAGUGUUGGUUCAUGGAUCAGUUCAGUCUACGGUUGUACAUAUUUUAACAAUAGACCCACUCAUAGAAUUGGAGACGCCAAUUACUGAAAUCACACCGGUAUCUUACGUACAUAUUUUGCUAUGGUGUUUUAGUCUGUUACUUAAGGUAUAUGAUGCACAAGAGAAGGACGACAUCAUUCCCUAAUUUGCUGUUUUUGAAUGGCACAUUUUUAUAAACAAUUUAUCUUUUCCCAUCUGAGGAUAAGGCAUUAAAAAAUUUGUCUUUUCCAACCCAAGAUGAAAAUAACAAUGUAGUCUUUGUGAUUUCCUAAAGUUUUAGAGGAAGAUGAAUAUAAAAAAUACAGAAUUUUUUCAGCUUUUAAAGUGAGAAUCUGAUGAUUUAUUAUGUAUUACUCUUGAAUAUUAAUACUAGGUGAAAUUGAAAGAUAAUUUUUUCUUCGUAAUUGUGGUCUCUGUUUUUUCUUUUUGACAAUUUUUGGAAUACCUAAUCAAAAUAAUAUCUCAUAUUUCAGUAUUCUAAGGAAGCCUACUCGACUGUUUCCUUCUUCUCCAGUGUGUGUCUGUGCUUGCGUGCAUGUGUGUACUAAAGUUCAUUAAAAAAUCCAAGAAUUUGAAACGGCUGCCUAGGAAACCCAAAAUAAAAAUAUAUACAUGUAAAUAUCAUGACAAACUAGCUCAUAAUACAGUACUGUAUGUUCUCAUAAGGUAAUAGUGUAACCCAUUUAAGCAGACAAAGCAUUAAUAGUUUAUUAGAUAAGAACUCUGUUCCUACUUCAUCAAUUUCUCAGACGUGUAAAAUCUACAGUGGAGCAAACAUGUGGUGUAACGCACUGAAGUAUGAGUGAAGUUGGAGUGCAAGUUUAAUGUAAUAACUACAGUAUAGUGUGUCAUCCAGCUGUUGAGGUAAAGACAAUAAGACUUUUCCCCAGUAUCUCACUGAUUUCGGCAUUAGAUAAUUAAGGUUCUACUGCUUUUUAAUUCCAUUCCUGUGCUGGUCAGUAUCCAUUGUAUCCAAAAUUAUAAUUAUUGUUGUGCCUUUCAGGUGGAGCCUUUCCAAAGCUAUCCUAACACAGUGUGCUAGAUGCUUUACAGAGUUACCUUGUAGAGAAGUGCAUAGGUGCUUGCUUAGAGUAAACUCUUAAAUAUGUAUUGCUUGUGUGUGUAUUGUUCAGUCGGGUGAGCCUGAGCAUGCUAAGAAGGGAUUAAUAAUAAUAAGCUGUAAGGCCCAUCAUGGAGUGUUGCAGUCAUGAACAGGUCUUCCAGAUAUUGUUCAUUUCAGGGUAUUUAUGUGUGGCAAACUGUAACAGUGGUAUUUCGGUCAGGUAGGAUGAGUUCUGUGCUUGGUUGAUCAUAACAGUGUUAUAGAAAAGAGAGCAGACAUUGGGAAUUACACAUACUAACUACAGCAUUCCUCAAAUUGCAUGGACCAUUGAUAUGUACAGCCCUAUAUUUCAUAAUAAGGGUUGCUCUGAACUAAAUUCCUUGAAUUCCUAAAAAAAACUGUACAUUCAAAGCCACUUCCUUAAUAGACAAGUAAAUGACAUUUGCAUUAUUACUGCAUGUACUGUACAGUGAUAGCCAGCAAGCUGUUCCACUAACAUUGUAGCAGCCGAUCUGUUCUAUCAAUUGGUGCUUUACUUAUUUUAAUUAUGUCUUGAACCUAAAUUUAUUCCUCACCCAAGUCUUCCACAUAGAGAACUACGUUGUUAAAGUUAAUACAUAAUCUAUAAUACCAUAUUUGGUUAAUGUUAUCAAGUUAUCCAUUUUACCCUUAAUCAUCAGUCUUUAUUAUCUAAAUACUACCCAUCACUUGUCAUCACAGUGUUUAGAUUUCAUUUGAAUUUAGUUUAGAUCAGUGGAAUAAUAGGAAAAAGUAAUUAUUCUUAGAACAUAAAAGUGUUUAAGUGAAUUUUAAGCUUUGUUUUCGUGUACACAAUGCUCAUGAUUUUUGUGUUAUAAAAAUAAUACUGUAUUGGGAAAUAGACAGUUUAAUAGUAAUCCAGAGGGUCAUAGGUAAUCUGUCUUUGGGAUUUGUCUUGUAGAUAAAUCCCAGUCCUCAUACAUUUGCCUGGGAUUUGUCUCACUGAUAAAUCUCAAUCCACUCUUCAUGCAUUUCCCUGGGAUUGGUCUCACUGAUAAAUCCCAUUCUUGAUGAAUUUUCGCCCUUGUAUGUUUCACUGCAGCUCAUGAUUCAUACAUUGUUACCUCUGAAGGGAAAUGAAUAAGGAGUUUACUUUUUUUUCUUUGGUUUUAAAUGAUUCAGUCAAGAUAAGAAUGUUGAUGUAUGGUAUUUUUUGUGAAUGGUAGUCAGGGAUAUUGUGUUCUUUUUAAACUUUAUUUUGUAUUUUAUUUUUAUUUUUAUUUGAUUAUUUGUAUUGUAGUCAUAUUGUGUCCAUGUACUGUACUUUAUUGUUCAUAAUUUAGGUACUACUGUAUCUCAUCACUGUUGAUGUACCAGUCAGUUGACGAGUCAUUGAUGUAAUUUUACCUCUGAGGAUCGUUAUUAUAAAGUAAGGUCCAAUAUUUGUCACUUUAUUAUUAUGGAACAACACUGAUAAUUGUUGUCUCAGUGUUAUAGGUUGAAGGUAGAGGUGAGCUGGUUACUUGUGAGUGAAGAAAGUGUUCACAAGGCUGUCAACUAAGGAGGGAACAUAAUCCUUGCUGCCAAACAAUGUCUUAGCACAUUAUUUAUACAAUGAUUCUACUGUUUUUGUUUAUUAUCAUCAUCUUAUUUUUCUUAUUAUUCUGCAGAUGUAUAUUGUUAAUAACUGCUGUAAUUCCAGUAAGAUACAAUACUUAACCUCUUGCCAAUAUGUAAUUUUUAUCUAUUUUUGUGAAUUAACUCAUAUCUGUAUAUAUUCCUUCUCCCUUCAUCGUUAAUUAUUAACAUGAGAAUUUUGAAUG